AUGAGUCAGUUGUUGCUUUUUUUCCAGUCAUGCCGCCUCUGGAAUUUGAGCAUUGCAAGUGUCCUGGCGCUGACUCUCUCCAACGUCCUUCUCACUGUGCGUCUACUGCACUCCACGGAUUGUCCUUUCAUAACACUCGAGGACACCUCGAUGGCGUCUGUGGUGGCCAAGGCGCCGCCCUUGACGCCACCGACCUGCCUUGAGUACAUCAUCCUAGACAAUUCGUCCAACCGGACGGAGAAGCCCGUGUUCUCGGGCCUGGAUCUGCAGCUGGGGCGUUGGGACUCGAGGCGGCUGUAUAAGGUGUUCGAAUUCGUGGUGGUGGGCGACAAGUUCGCCGAGCUCUCGGAGCAGUACAGUGUCUGCCUGGCCACGCAGAGCUCCAUCGAGAGACUGGGGCCGCUGGUGCAGGUGGCUCAUCACUGGACGGGCCCCAUAAGCGUGGCCAUCUUCGCGGCCGGCGACGACGAGCUGCACCUGCUGCAGGUGUACCUGUCGUUCCUGCGGAAGUGCUAUCCCGGCAUCAGGGAGAGGGUGUCCUUCCACCUCGCGUAUCCGCGCGACAAGGCGCCCAGCCACGUGAAGCAGGCCACCCCGAUCGAUCUCAUGGCCCUGGACUGUGCCAAGCCCGAAGCCACACUCGUGGAACUCAUCCAAAUGCGCAGCCAUGACACGACAAAGUGGCGCUCCAAGAACGUGUAUCCGCAGAAUCACCUGCGGAAUGUCGCGCGCAAGACGUGCCAAAGCGACAAUGUCUUUCUCACGGACAUCGACAUCAUACCCAGCAUCAACAUGACUGAGUACCUAGAUAAGUUUCUACGACACACAAAGUGCCCAAACAAUCAAUGCGCCUACGUGAUACCCACUUACGAGCUGGACAACCGCGCUAGGUUCCCGCGCGACAAGCCCGACCUAAUCCGCUUGGCCAGGAAGGGCCUGGCGCGUCCCUUUCAUCACAAAGUAUUCAUCUACAAUCAGUACGCCACGAACUUCACGAGAUGGCAAGCUGACUUGAACAACCUGGAGGAGACUCACGUAAGCUACAACGUGACCAACUUCGAGUUCCUCUACGAGCCGUUCUACGUGGCUCCAGAUCAGGUGCCGCCGCACGAUGAGCGCUUUCUGGGCUACGGCUUCACGCGGAACACACAGGUGUACGAGAUGUUCGUGGCCGGGUAUCAGUUCCAAGUGCUGACGCCCAUCUUCACGUGCCACUGGGGCCUGCAGAACAAAAAGAGCCGCCCGGCGUGGCGGGAGCGCCAGAACAACGUGAACCGAAAGCAAUUCGAGGUGUUCAAGCGGGAGGUGUUUGCGCGCUAUCACAAGGAUCCGCUCAAGAUGCUUAUGCCAAAGAAGGCACUCUCGCGCCAAGUCCCUAUUGGCGGCUGAGUCGCACUCACUCUUCAAAUGUUUUUUCAAUGUUUCAUAAAAGUGUUUUAUUCUCAUUAUAUGAACGCUGUGUUGUCAAAGUGGAGUCAUUGUUAACUGGGAAGUAAAGAUUAAGAUUGGUAAGGAUAAAAUAAAAUUGCU